AUGGACAUUAAUAAUUUAAAAACGAACGAGUUAACUUAUGAGUUGGAGCUGAGAAAUUUUGCUAACGCUGCUCAGUUAUCUGUUGAUGAAAAACGUAAACUUUUGAGAGGUUGCAUGAAACAAGAAUCCUCGAAUCUGAGUUUUGUUGAUCCUACAAACACUAAGCCAUUUGCAACUGAUUUAAAGGGUGCAUAUGAAACUUAUGCUGAUUUGGUUAAGGCUGUUGAUAAAUUCACUGGAAUAAGUAGUGAGAAAAAGAAAAUUGAGGAUAGAUUAACGCAUCUUUCUAAUCGUAUUAAUAGAUUCAUAGUCGAAAAUGAUCAACAGAUUACUGAAAAAGCGAGUUUACAAACUCAGAAUCUAAAACAAACUGAAAAAUUAACAAAACAAAUUCAUUUAAGUGAAACGAAUGUUACCAAGCUUUUGAAAGCAACGGAGAAAAAAGUACAGAAGCUUGAGGAAAAAAACGUUCAGUUAGAACGGAAAGUACGAAGAAACAAUAUCAUACUUUAUGGCCUUAAAAAGCAAAACGGUGACAGAAACUUAGUUAAAGAUUCCAUCACGAAGAUUAAUGAACUUCUAUCAACAAACUUUAAAGUAAGUGAUAUUAAUAAUAUCUACCGACUUGGAAAGGCCCCAGUUCUAAUAGAGUUUCUGUCUUUUCUGAAAAAAUCGGAAAUAUUUAAUAAUCCAGAUAAGCUUAGAGGAUUAAAAGACACUGGGUGUGCGAUUUCCAAUGAUUUAUGUGAGGAAGACAGGCGCGAAUUGAACAUCUUGAGAAAAUAUCUUAAGAGGGCUAAAGAGGAAAAUAAGAGCGCAAGGAUAAAGGGAUUGAAGCUUGAGAUUGAAAAUAAAACAUAUACCGCAAAAGAACUGGAACAAUUAGACUCAGCUAGUGACAGUAGUGGCUCAGAACUCUCAGAAACAACAGGAGACGAAACAGACACUGAAUCAGGUACCGAAGAACAGAAAAAACUAUCUCUGGACACAAAAUCUUCCCAGCCAGCAAGAGAGAACAGGAAGAAACGGAAAAAGAGCAACCCCAGUCCAAGAAGCACAAGAUCCAACAAAAAAUCUAAAUAA